AUGUCUCACAGUCAACCCAAGCUCGUAUACGGCGCCGCCACGAUAGCCAGCAACUAUGGCUUCGACACGGACGACAAGGUGCAAAGCUUCCUGGACGUCGUUGCGGCGGUCGGCAUUGACACUCUCGACACGGCGCUGAUCUACAGCGACUCAGAAGAGGUGCUGGGAAAGGCCAAGGCGGCGUCACGGUUCCGGAUCGACACCAAGUUCCCGGGUGGCUUUACUUCCGGUCCGAUAACGAAGGAGAGCGUUGUCGAGGCCGGCAAGCAGAGUCUGAAGAAGCUGCAGACGGCCAGUGUGGACGUGUUCUACCAGCACGCCCCGAGCCCGCAGGUGCCGCUGGAGGAGACGCUGGCCGGCAUUGACGAGCUGUACCGGGCGGGUGCUUUCAAGCGCUUUGGCCUGUCCAACUUCACGGCCGCCGAGGUUGAGGACGUGAUCCGUGUGGCCAAGGCGCACGGCUUCGUGCUGCCGACCGUGUACCAGGGCAACUACAACGCGUUCAGCCGCCGGAUCGAGGCCGACCUCUUCCCGGUCCUGCGCAAGCACGGCCUCGCCUUUUAUGCCUACAGCCCGAGUGCGGGCGGCUUCCUGGCCAAGACGGCCGACGUGCUGCGACAGAACAGCGGCACCGGCCGCUGGGACGCCGGGAAUCCGCUGGGCCAGCUGUACACGGGCCUGUACGUCAAGGCGCCGCUGCUGGACGGGCUAGACGCGUGGAACGCCAUCGCCGGGGCUGAAAACGUCACCGGCAUCGAGCUGGCGUACCGCUGGGUGGCACACCACUCGCGGCUGGACGGCACGCUCGGCGACGCCGUCAUCGUGGGCGCGCGCACGCCCGAACAGCUGCGCGAGAGCGUCGGCUGGAUCAAAAAGGGACCCGUCAGCACAGCAGCCGCGGCCAAGAUCGACGCGCUCUGGGCUUCGAUCGCGGCCGAUGCACCGGUCGACAACUACAACAGCUUCUUUAAGCAGACGGGGUCGAAGCUGGCCUGA